UGUUUCAACGCGACUUAACUUUUGCAGGUGUAUGCAGUAAGCUCGGCUGGUCGGAGUGUAGCGGCAGGUCCUAAACAGGCACUGACAAAGUUAUCAAGUAAGAAUCUGUUCAAGUGAAAUCAUUCUAAAUUAGUGUUGAAUUGUAAAAUUAAUAAUAGUUGUAAAUCUGACUACCGUAAAAUUCCGAAAAUAAGCCCCUCCAUGUAUAAGCCCCUCCAAAUAUAAGCCCCCCAAACCGGUAACGUAAAAAACCCUCCGUUAAAUCGUCCCUCUAAAUAUAGGCCCCCCCGGGGCUUGUAAUUGGAAAUUAAUGUUUUAUAUAUCCACUCCCAAAACGAUCCCUGCUGAAAUCUUAUCCCAUCAGUGAACCUGGUGGUCGAGUGAUCAAGUCUUUGGAUUUAGGAUCGGUAGGUUUCCCUAGAAGACUAGAAACGUUACUCUUAAUUUCACCAAAGCGUACAAUACCAUAAUAUUCUUUAAACUGCGGUUUGGGUGGUGCUUCAUGUAAACCCUUUGGUGCUGUCAGUAUCAGUAUAACUUUUUGUUUACAGUUUCCAUAGCAACUGUAACACUAUGCAGUCUGAGUCAUGUCGUGUGCAUAAUGUCUGUAAGUAAGAAAAGCGAUAAUUCUGACGGCAAAGCACUAUAUGAUUCAGUUCGCAAACAAGGAGGGUCUAUUACGCUCUAGUCGUUUCUUGUCAUUUUAUCAAUUUUUUUUUGCAAAAAGUGUUAAUUGAGGUCAUCGGCGUGCUACAUGACCUGAAGGUGAAGUGUGACCUAUUGCGUCAGAAAAAUAAGCGAGACCUGGUGCGUCGAAAAAAUAUUUUUCUUGAUGCAAGAAGCCAUGCUUAGUUCUUUGAGUUGAGUGAUGAGAAUAACAGUCAACACUCACUUCUGUAAUUCUGCCACUGCUGUCUGGGUAAAGGCGUUUCCUAAAUACCGUGAUGAGUAAUUUACCUGUAAAAUAAAUUUAGUUCAUAUUGUGCGUCUAAAUAUAAGGUUUAUUCGCCCUGUAUCCAGCUAAUCUCAUCCACCUAGCUGCUAAUUAUGAACAAUUUUUUUUUUCUUGUGCCCCUUUUUUCAGAACCAACCCAAGCGCCACGUAAUCUCGAGAAAGUGUCAGACAAUGGCACUUGUGCAAUGCUGAGGUGGAAGGCACCAUACUUGUCCAAAGGGGAUAAGAGAGUCUUCCCUGCAAAGGUCAGUUUGAGGCCUCUUUGUAAGACCUUUCUUCUUUCCUCAUCCUCAGUGACGUACACUUUCUCCUAUCCUCUCAGGCUAUGCUCACACCCUACCGGACAGCUCAUGCGCCGACGAAAACCAUACCACAAGGACGGUGAUUUCGGUACGGUUUUUGUAAUGGAACGAAGUUGCGCUGGGCCGUUCGUGAAAGUGGAUCGUCACUUAUCGGAUAGGUUUCUACCCCUCUUCAUCGGAGUGUAAACGGAUACUCGGACCGUAGCGGAAGUAAAUGGGUAAGAGCGAGGACUGGAAUCCACUGAGGCGGAAGUUAAUAUUCAGUAGUGAGGACUAGAAUUGUGUUCACCAAUCCCUCUCGGUCAAUCGGUACGAUGUUCGAUGUGUGUAACGACUUGUUCCAGUUCCGUGACGUUGCCAUUCAUACUGUAUCGGAUAGCUUUUCAUGUAAACACGAAACACUAUCCGAUAUAAUGUAGUGUGUAGUUAUAGCCUCAGACUUACCCUAUUACUGUGUUACGCCAUCCUCAAACUGUCGUUGCCAAAGGUUUGCUUGUUUUAAUACGACUCAGGUGUCCCUUACGGCCACUCAGUCCAGCCACCGUCCGAAAAUUAGUUUGGGUCCUGCUUCAGUCGGAAAGGUCUUGAGAGCGUCUUUCACCGGUGGCUUGCUGAUCCCCGCCAUGCUUUUGUUGUUCCUCCAAACGAUCCCCAGAGCCUUUGUGGUUACAAGUCAUACCAGUUAACCCGGCCAAUUUACGAUGUUGAUCUUUGUUUGAUUGCAGGGUUACAGAGUUCGGGUCAACGACAGUUCGAUCAAUGAUGCCGCCUCAACUUUUAAAAUUGUUUGUAAUUUGAAUCCAGGAAAUAUCUACACUGUUUCUGUUUGGGCGUAUUCUGAGCUUGGCGAAGGACCGAAAGCAAGCAUUAGCUUUAGCACUCAAACUCUAAGUAAGUCUCAUUUUGUGAUAAUUUUAAUUAUUUUUAUUCCACUAGAAUAUAUAUUUCUUCGUUUUUGAUAAGGUUAAAUUCCUUGGCCAAGUCCGUUCAAUAUUUUUGUGUUGUUGUUGUUCUAUCAUUAAUCAGUCGUGAGACAAUAAUAAACACUUAAUUACCGGUCCCGAGGGAAACAGUUAAUUUUGUUUCCCGAGAAUCAAGGGACUCUUUCACACGUAUGCUUUUUAAAAACGAUUCCAAAACGCAGCGUAUGGACGCGGAUGUUUUUUUUGAAAACAGAGAUAAUGAUCACCGAAAGCGCCUUUUUUUCAAAAGCGAUCUCCGGAGAUUUUUGAAAACGCCGGCAUAUCGAUUUCGUGUGGACGAGCGAAAACGGAGUUUUUCGAAUACGAUGCUGUCACACAUGAUACAGGGCAUGCCCUGUAAGGCAUUCAAUCGUAUUCUAUCGUCUUAGCGUUUUCGUGUGGACGGGUGAAAACAAUUUGAGUACGCUACGUUUUGACGCGUAUCUUUUUGAGGUAAUAUGCUUGCUCGUGCUAGAGACAGUAUACCCGUCACUUUUUCUUAGGCCACUUCCACACUAAUACGUUUUCGAAAACUUCCGUUUUCAGCUUCUCAGAAACGCAGUAAAAGUUUUCUUUCACACUGGCUUUUUCACAGCGUUUUCAACCGUCCAUACUAGUACGUUUUCGUUUGAAAACGCAGACCCUUGUAUCCGUUUUUGCUUUCCUUCCACUCUAAUCUGAUCGAAAACGGAGGUGUAUGUCUACGAAAGCGGAGCGGUGACGUAAGCGUCUUCAAAAACCUCAGUUUUCGCCCGCCGACACUAAUACGCUGAACCUCCAUUCCAAAAAUCUCCACUCCAGAGAGUGCUUUCGAAAACCUCUGUUUUUGAUCGGAACGCGAAACGGAUAAAACCAAAAUACAUUAUUAUCGCUACUAUACUUGACUUAAGCAAAGGCAAAAUCAUGAAAAUAUUAAAUGACCAAGAGGCAAACCAGCCCGAUGUAUAAAGAAUGGCUUAUUUAACAAAUGACAUCUUUCGCCCCGCAGUCAUUGUAAAAUUUAAUAUGGAACAGAAUCCGACAAAGCGAUGUUCGGUUGACCUUUAAUUGAUUAUUCACGAACAAAAUCAGAAUAACAAUACAGCAAGAAUAUAAAAAAUGGUUGCUUUGUCGAACAGACAAAAAUACGCGCACCGUUUGGUUGAUUUAGCGAGCAGACAACUUUGUUCAAGCUGAAAAAAGACUCUAGGAUAAAGAGCAGUUUUCUAUUACUUGAGGUACAAAAACUGGGCUGCCUGCAGGGACAAUUAAAUGAUUCUCUUUUCCGUUCGUCUUAGGGUUAAUGUUUUCAUCAGUUUUAUAUACUUGCUGGUGAAAAAACAAAACUUUCGCAAAGAAUUUUUCAAGGUCAAACGAGAAUCGUUUAUAACGCAGGCCCGCAUAACGACCUUUUUUACUGCCGUCCUAUUGAACUUCCUUAUUCGGGAGUUUCUUUGUUUUCUCCCGGUCCACAGCAAAGUAAAAAAAAAAACAUGUUUGCUCUUUUAGAGCCAGGAAUCCCUCAGAAUCUUCGCUGUUCCACUCGAGGUCCAAAUCAAGUUACACUAGCAUGGGCUCCUGUUCAGUAUAGUCCUGGUUUAUCCUAUGAAAUUUAUGAGGUAAAUAAUUUUAGGUGAAUGUAUGAUGACGACGACGACGACGAUGAUGAUGGGGAUAGGGAAUAAUGGGGAAUGGGGGAUCGGGGGUGGGGAAUAAUGGGGGAUGGGGGAUAGGGGGUGGUGAAUAAUGGGGAAUGGGGGAACGGGAGUGGGCGAGAGGGGGGAAUGGUGGAUCGGCAGUGCCCAAUAGUGGGGAGAGUAACUAAAAUUGGGGGGGUGGGGGGGGGGGGGAAGGGGGGAGGGGGGGUGGGGAGUAAGGGGGGAGGGGGGAGGGGGGGGGGGGAAUAAUGGGGGAUGACACUAAAAAAAAUGGCUUAAGGUCACUCCUCUGAAAUGGAACUGACCCCGCGCAGUGAGAUUUUGUCAAACUUUGCCAAUCGGUUGUUAUAGGAAGUCAAAUUUUGAACUAAAAUUGGGGGUCGCCAUAUUCGUUUAGCAGCAGUAGCAACUUGUAUAUUUGUAAUAAUUCCUUAAAAUAUCAAUAUGAUCAUAUUUUCAAGUGCAUAGUUAUAACCAGUUUUCGACCAUUGUUUCCUUUUCUGCACUGGACAUUAGUCUAUAUUUAUUCUAGAGAAAGAAUGUUACUUCCCAUUUAAAAAAAAACAGCAAAAAAAAAACAGUCCCCAUGUUUGUAUGUGCCCACGUUUAUUACGCGCCAAAUUAUGUGCAGUAAGGAUGCGCCAUGGAAUACUAAGGAAUAGACCUAAGUACUGUCACUAUCAUCAUUAUAUUUUUUAGCCUGCGAAUACAGUCAUCCGUCUCCUGGUAGACUUUCUAGUCUUCUCGGAAAAGGACGAAAAACCGUAGGUCCCGUCUCACAGCACUUUCACUGAUCUGUUCUUGUGGGACGUAAAAGAACCCGCACCACCGUUCGAAAAGAGCAGGAGACGUAAACCCCGGUGGUGUGGCGAUACGGGUUGUGGGAUUGGGUAGGGAUUGCACCUUGGGGGCCUGUGUCCCGUUCGUGCACAUUCCCUUUGGGCAGGCCUGUGUCCAGAAAAGCUGGUAAAACUAAAGCUAAAACUAAGGGAUAAUUAAGUAUUUUUUAUUUAUUUAUUUUUAUUAUUUCGUGGUAAUCAACCUCAGUGCACCAUACUAAGAAUGUUUUUUAAAAUCUCUUUUCCAGGAAAGCUCAUUCGAAAUGACAAAGCCGUUGGAUGUAAAAGGAGAGAAGACAAGUUAUACCGUUUCACGUCUUCUUCCUUACACCAAAUACAAAUUCAGCAUUUCCGCUAAAAAUGACGUAGGCUCUAGUGCAAGAAGUCCAGUUGUAAUUUGUCGAACCAGUGAAAGUGGUAAGUCCUCCCUUAGCAGUGAAAUGAAAAUAAUUUAAACGAUUAUUGAAUUCGGCUUUCGCGUAUAAUGUGAAGAAUUACGCAGACGAGGACGGCCGAGGUGGACUGGUAACAGCCUCUGAGAGCAUACGAAAAUCAAUUCAAUAAUUGCUUUAUUAUUCGUUCAAAAUUUUUCUAAGUUCUUACCAACCUUUCCUCCUCGUCAGUCGUUAUUCAAAACUUUGGCCUAUUUCUCGGCACGGUUUCAGGAUAUGAACAGAUUUUUCUAGUAGAAAUUCCUCAAAAAGUCGAAAACAUCAAUCGGGCAAUAUGUUUUGCGUUUAUUUUCCUUUCGUUAUUGCUUUCAGUUUUAGUCAGAAAUUUGGCUAUUUCUUCUUCGGAUCCUCCAUUUUUUGUUCAUUUUAUUCUAAGAAGCCUCGUUUCUAAUCAAAUUUACCAUCGGUCAGCGUCGUUUGCAAUCAAAUAUACCAUCGGUCAGCGUCGUUUUUAAUCAAAUAUACCAUCGGUCAGCGUCGUUUCCAAUCAAAUAUACCAUCGGUCAGCGUCGUUUCUAAUCAAAUAUACCAUCGGUCAGCGUCGUUUCUAAUCAAAUAUACCAUCGGUCAGCCUCGUUUCUAAUCAAAUAUACCAUCGGUCAGCGUCGUUUGCAAUCAAAUAUACCAUCGGUCAGCGUCGUUUCUAAUCAAUUAUAAAAUAACUGAGAUAGUACGCGUGAUCUGAUUGGUCAAAAACCUAUGGUUUAUUAUACCGGUAAACCCAUAGAAAAGGGCAUCCGGACCACGAGCCAUAAACAAAACCGGCUAUUGAUCUGCAAACAACGAUUUUAGAAAGGCUAAAAAAAACAGAACAAGUUACUUACCCAGUCCUUCUUAAUAUUAAAAUAGUUGGUUUCCAUAUUUUAUUACUGAGCAUUACAAUUCGCUAAUGCCAUAGCUUCAGAAGUUAUAAAGUACAAAGCUGGAAAGCAGUUUACAUUUCACGACGAUGCCAAAUCGCAGAGAAAGACAACAACUGUGUGAAUUUCUGGUGUAGAAAGUCUCUAGGAAAACUUAACCACGUGCCAACCAGCAACAAAACGGAUAGUUUUAGCAUUCUUGAUUUAUUUUAUUUCAAAAUUAAAUUCCUUAAUCAAAGAAAUUGUUUCAAAAAGAGAUCUCUGAUCAAGAUAUGGUACAAAAUCGGCCGCUGGAGGUUGUAAACAAGCUGCCAACGAUGAUGAAAGAUGUCAGAGUUUCGGGCUAGUUUUUUCCAACAUUUGCACAAAUUAUUCGAUGAUAUCGAUGCCAUGACCUACCUCACACCACCUGACUUCACAAAUCGACAAAUAUUAACGCCAAUAUGUGGCUACGGCAAAGAAACCUUUCUCCACCACUGACAUAUUUCCAUCGGUCGCUGUACGUGCAUAUAAAGUUACAUGCGACAACUUCGCAAAUGCAGCCACGUCGUUACCGCAGCAUUUCUUGAUCAUAAUAAAGUCCAGGAAACAGAUCUUAAACCACUGCGGCUUGUAAAAAGUGAAUGAAGUCCUCCAUUACAAUAGCUGCCAGUUUCCUCUGUAAGCACGAAAUUCUUACGGAUCGACUCAACAAAAUACAGCUGCGUACAGUCUGAUGUUCAAUCAAUUUCUACUUCUGUAGUAAACAAACCAUGAACGUAUUCUUUCAUUGUACGUUCGCAUGAAUAUGUGUUGACUUUUCCUGUAAAACAGCUUUCAUAAGUUAUCAUGUAAUGAGUGCAAAAACUCGUGUUUUGAAGUGCUGCUGUUUGUUGUUUGACUGAACUGAGUUUUGAGAAAGUUUAGCGCUAUUAAAUCGUGAGUCGUGAUUGGCUUAUGAUGACUUUAGAGAGAAGACAUGACUUGAUCACGGUACUAAAAUCAUAUUUUUUACCUAAAAGACUCCAUUUUAUUAAAAGUUAUUUUAUAAAAGCAAUAGACCACACUUUCUAUGGGUUUACCGGCGUGAUAACCCACUUGGGAUGUUGGGAGAACACUCGAAAAGCUUGUAAAUCACUCGCCUUCGGCUCGUGAUUUACAAGCUUUUCUCGUGUUCUCCCAACAUCCCAAGUGGGUUAUCACGCCGGUAAACCCAUAGAAAGUGUGGUCUAUUGCGUAAAUAUACCAUCGGUCAGCGUCGUUUCCAAUCAAAUAUACCAUCGAAUCGAUGCUUUUUGCUAGGGCUUUCCACAAGUUGCUCGGCAACUUCUUGCCAACUUCUCGUAUUUCGAGCAACUUUUUGUAAUUCUUCUAAUUCGGAGAUAUCGGAGCAGCUUUUAGUGCGUAAAUUGGCGGCCUUUCUUCCAUAUUUCACAAUGUUUUAGUAGACAAUUUAUGAAUUUCCUGUAAAACAGGAGCCAAAUCCUCGCCUCCUGGGGCAGAUCAUGGGCGCAAGAUGAAAUCAACCGGGCUGCUGGGGCAGCGGUUUGUAGAGAAAAUUCAAAAUGAUGGACGAAGAUUCACACUCGACUAACUAUAGUGUCUCGGGUGGAGAAGGAUAUUCAACAAUUUUAUUGGUUCAUUACCUUUUUUGGUUUUAUUGAGGAUAAAGUUAUUUGGCAACGCCGUAAAAUUGCACAAAAAUGCUUAGAAAUCUUACUUUUGUUGUACAAUUUGAAUACUUUAGCAUCAGACCAAAAAACGUUUUUGUUUCUGCGAACAUUUUUUGAUCAACUGUCGAUACAAAAAGCAACUUUUGAUUGCUUUUUGAGCAACUUUUUGAGAAAUUACGAGCAACUUUUUGGAAAAUCUGGAACAACUUGUGGAAAUCGAUGGUACGUUGCUCGCGUCUUCCAAAUAUGGUAAGCGCUAGUUGAUUAUGAAAUCUGUAAAGCCCGGUCUCCAUAGGAUCGCUGCGAUCGCUGAAAAAAAGUUCAGCGAUCGCAGCGACAACGUUUCUAUCUCCGCGAUCGUUGUCGCUACGAUCGCUGAGGUCUUUUGCAGCAAUCAUAUGGAAACCAGGGUUAAGAGAGGUUGUACGCGUGUCCAUUUGAGUUACAGUUUUGGCUUUGGUGCAGCAUGGUUUACUGCCCAGACAGCUGUCAUAGUGCUCCUUCGAUUUUUGAAUAAAAGUUGUCGUGACGCUCAAAUCUCGUAGAAUGAACCUUGAGACCAAACUUUCCUUUAAAACGUGAUGUCUAAAUUUUAUUCCUAUUUAUACCUGAAAUGUUCCUGUUUUAGUUCCUGGUGUCGUGAAAUAUGUAACAACAGAAACCAUGGACCCUCCGUCAGCAACUAUUCUGAUCACGUGGUCUACACCAGACCCACCCAAUGGAGAUAUCAAAGAAUACAAGGUAUCUUGUUGAAGAUGUACUCAUUGUCAAUCGACAAGGUAGCUUUUAUAAAUGGGAUGGGAUGGAAUGGAAUGGAAUCUGACAGAUUAGUAUUCAGAUGUCCUCUUUAGAUUUUAGGCGUCGUCCACAAUAAUCCGGACAGUGUUGAAACCACAUAUUUUGUUACCUGGAUUCGUCUGGACAGGGCCUAUUAGGGACCUUAAGAUCCCGGAGGGCGGGGACGGGAGCGAAAGCGUGGCUUAAAAAGUAAAUUCGCAUUUAUUUGAUCUUCCUCACGAUUAUUCGAACUCACUUCCGUUGUCAAAUGUAGGAGAAUUCUAAGUUUGUCCUAGUCGUGCGGUGACGGAAAAGGGGACAAAAAAGUGUGCUGCAAAGUUUUUGUUUUGAUUUGCUUAUUACACGCAUUUCUUUUUUUCACGUUCUCUUUGCCGUCGCCGUUGCCGUCGUCGGAUCUUGAGGCCCCUAUUAACACCACAACCGGACGUCAGCAUGAUAACCUGAGAAAACCGCCUACAUUUCCCCGCGAAAUGACGUCUGAGGAAUAAGCGCAGAAAUUCCACACUGAUGACGUGUCUCUACUCUUAUCUGGGUUUGUCGUGCUAAGAGGGAAACUUGCUUCAACCAAUCAGAAGCACCACCCAGAUCUGGGUAGUGACUCGACAUCAGUAUGGAAUUUUUGCGUUGAUUCCUCAGACGUCAUUUCAUCUCGUCUCGAAUUCUCGGUUGUUUUCUCAGGUUAGGUCCAUAAGUGAGCUUACUGUGACCCACCUCACCCUUAAUAUGCGCGGUGUGAAAUAAAAACAGCGGUAGAGGCAAACCAACCUAGCCCACCCUUUCUUCUCAUCUAGGGCAAAAUGUUGGUUCAGGGGAGGGGUAGGUGGUCAGUUUCCCCCAAACCCUAAAUUGAUCCGAAAAAAGUGCAACACGUCCCAUAUUUUCUGAAGCUUCCCAAAAGAAAGGGCGCAAAACAUUUGAUUUUCCACCCGGGAUUUCCGAUUUUCCCUUGUAAAUGGUAAGUACCCCCAUGGUUUCUAUUUUUUUGCUUUGUUACAGAUCACAUGGGGCCAGGUUCGUCCCUCUCAGACAGAGGAGAUCACCGUAGAUGGCUCAACUCAUUAUUACAUUUUUAAGAACCUGUUUAGCAAUACAGCAUACAGCUUUAUUGUGAAAGCUAAAAACGGUGCUGGAGAAGCUAUGCAGCAUCCGAAACCUAGUGUCGAAAGGACAUACCCUGGUUAGUGAGACCUGACAAUUUUAAAUUCCUUUGUAAAAACACUACGUCCAUCAGUGACACCAUAAUCGCUAGUCGUGAUUGAUCAUAUCGCCUUAAUCAUGGUUGUCAUCACCAUCUCGCGUUCACUGUAGUUUUAUCACCAGCAGCACACAAUACCAUUCCUGUCUUCGUCAUCACCAUCAUUGAUAUCACCAUCGCCAUCAUUGAUAUCACCUUUACCAUCACCAUCGUUGAUUUCAUCAUCACCGCCAUUAAAACCUUCGUUACCAUCAUUGAUAUUACAAUCAUUGAUAUCAACAUCAUCAUCUGAUCAUUGAUAUCACUACACUAUCAUUGGUAGAGGCCUUUCUGUCUUCAUCAUCACUAUCAUUGACUGUCACCAUUACCAUCAAUGAUUUCAUCACCGUCAUUGAUAUCACCAUCACUAGCACCACCAUUGCCAUUACCAUCACCAUCAUUAGUAGAGGCCUUUAGAUUCGAGGACGCAAGGACGACUACAAGAACGAAGUUUGAGUUUUUAUCGCGUAUUCCCAAAAAAUAGGUACACCUUUUCAUCGGAAAAGUUAACACUACUAUUUUAAUUGAAGGAGGCUAAGCCCUUUCCCGAUCCAAAAAUGAGCAAAUUUCUAACAUUUGAUAACUUGUUUCCGUCACUAUGACAUUCUCGCUAAAACCCGUAGAGAAUGACGACGGCUAUCACGUUUUCCCGCCAAAAAUGACGCUGGUUAAAGCACGCGCGUACUGCUACGUUUUGAGAAAAUCUCGGUCUCGUAGUCGUCCUCUUCUUAGAAUCUAAAGCUCCCUAAUAUCUCUACCACCAUCAUUGAUAUCACUCCUACCAUUAUUGAUAUCACUCCUACCAUUAUUGAUAUCACUCCUACCAUUAUUGAUAUCACUAUCAUACGAUCACCAUUAUUAAUAUCUCUCUCACACCAUCACGAUCAUAGAUUUAUCACAGGGUUAAAUGUCAUCAUUAUCAUCAUAGGGUUAUUUUUUUGAAACCCUGCUUCCUCCUGUGGUGUCCAGAGACUUGAUUGGGUAGAGGGGUAGGGUGAGGAAGUAUGGAUUCGUUUUGGAAGCAAACAUGUUUUUAAGGUCAAAUCCCCGAAUAAUUACAUUUUAAGUUUAAAAUGUUUUAAAACAUUUCAUAAAAAUGAUGUAGCUCCAGAGGGGUUUUCACAUUAUUUGAUUGUGAAUGUUUUUCCACAGCCUCAAAAGGCACAGAGCGGCUUCAGCUGAAAUAUAACGGAGCCAACAUGGAUUCUAGAGAUGUUAAAAGUUUUAUACCGGAAUUCAUCAAGGCUGCAAGUGAAAAAGCUGGCAUAUUAGAGUAAGUGUAGCCUCUUAAAGUUCUACAGUAAAUUAUCCCAUGAGUACCUGUCCCCGACAAGGAGAUUAGAGUACGUUUCUUAACGCCGCUGGUAAGAAAGUUUCGCGUCAGUUGUACAAGAAGGGAAGUCAUCAUCGUGACCACCAUCGUCAUCACCGUUCUGGAGAGGUUAAGCAACAUCAACGGUGGCAGCGGUAGCGAAAACGAAUUUGCGCCGUUUCAAACUUUGUCACGAUUAUUCCAGUUCUCGCAGUUUGUCAAAUGUUGGCGGAUUUUUCUGGAAUUGAAUUCCGAAGGGCUGUUCAGUAAAACAAAGAAAGAAAUCUUUUUCUUGAGUGUGCGUUCUCCUUAAAACGUGAAGGAAAUGUAACAAAAAGCGUCAUGCACGUGCAAAGUUUAUUUUUCUCGCCAAUUUUAAGGAGCUGUGUCAUGAAAAUUAUCAAAAUUCAAACAGUACGAACUGCCACCAAACUGAGUAAAACAUGAAAUAACUGAUUUUAUAUUACUACAUGAGAAAUUUCUGCAAUUUGAUUGGCUUAGAGCGGUGGUAUUUCAGCUUAAUUUGAAAUACCUACAUGUGAAAAUUAAAAACCUUUUGUGGGUAGUAGUAUAAACAAAUAAUAGCAUGAUUUGUACGUGACAUUUGGCAUAAAUACCACUUGUGAUAUUUCUAAAUUGUCUCAAAUUUCACUCGCCUAACGGCUCGUGAAAUUACGUAUAACAAUUUCGAAAUGUCACUCGUGGUAUUUAUGCCAAAUAUCACUACAAAUCAUGCUAUUACCUAUACUAAUAGCUAUAUGAAUAACACAGCAUGGCAGUACUUGAAGAAGAUUGAUACAGAUUCCAGUUAUGGUUUUUUAAAAGCUGUUAGCCUAACAAGUUUUUACAAAGUUUGAUUGACAGUGUUUGGGAGACAUUUGUUUGACACAAACUUCGGAUAUUUGUAAUUCUCAAGUAGUCUCAAAGAAAACUCGUAAUUGGCAACAUUUAACAAAAUGAACUUAACCUUUUGCCUUUUUGCCUUCUCGUUGUUAUAGUCGUUGCUUACGCUCCUCAUUAAGGUGAUGUUACACGAUUCGCAACGAAAAUUUUUAGCGCAACACAGCUUUGCAAUAUUGUUGCGACAUUGUUUCCAAUGAUUACAACACUGUUCCAACAUUGCAAAGCUGCGUUACGCUAAAAGUCGUUAUUGCGAAUCGUUCCGUUUAACAUCACCUUUAGAGAGCUGAGGAAACGACGACGGCAAGGGUGACGGCAACUACAACGGCAAAAAAGCAAUAGUUUAAAGAUGAUGUUACACGGGACGAUUCGCAACGACGAUUUUUAGCACAACACUGCGCUGCAAUCUUGUAACCAUUCGAAACAAUGUUGCAACGCUGUGUUGUGUGUUGUCGUUGCGAAUCGUUUCGUGUAAUAUCACUUUUAAGGUGAUGUUACACGAGACGAUUCGCAACGAUGAUUUAUAGCGCAACACAGGGUUGCAAUGUUGGAACAAUGUUGCAGCUAUUCGAAACAAUGUCGCAACAAUGUUGCAACGCUGUGUUGUGCUAAAAAUCGUCGUUUCGAAUCGUCUCGUGUAACAUCACCUUUAGAUUGGCAAAACAACAACUUUUCACGUGCAUCACGCUUUUUGUACGUCAUGUUCUCAGUUGUAGUCACUGCACGACCACGAUGUGAAGAUGCCCAAUUUCACGUUUUUUGGAGGACUUGAACACAAGACAACGACUUUCUUUUUCUUUUCCUGAACUUCGAUACAGUCUUUUAGAAUUCAACUCCAGAAAAAAUUGCCAACUUUUGACGAAUUGAAUGAGAUGGAAUAAGGGCGGUAAAGUUUGAAACAGCGCGAAUUUACUUUUCAAGUGACGUUUUCGUUGCCGUCGCCGUCGAUGUUGCUUAAAGGUGAUGUUACACGGGACGAUUCACAACGCCGAUUUUCAGCGCAGCACAGCAUUGCAAUGUUGGAAAACUGUUGUAACUACUCGAAACAAUAUGGGGACAAUGUUGAAACCCUGUGUUGCGCUAAAAAUCGUCUUUGCGAAUCGUUGAAACAUAGUUGCUAAUUGUAAACAUCCCUAUGUAUGAUAACUUCUGUUCCUGCUUCUUUUCAGUCUUCGUUUAGCUGCCGUUGUUGUCAAAGGCCACAAUGUUGAGUUCGAUCUUAUCCCCCCGCUUAAUGCCACAGGUAAUGUUCUGGUUUCGAAUUACGUUUUGUCUGUUUCUUCGCCUUGAGACUUGCUAAAUAAUCUCGUGCCAUUUUUUUUUAAGCACUCAGAAGUAAAAUCAAAUCCAAGUUUGAUAUUCGCUCACACGCCUUUUCUUCCACAUAGCGGCCGCUUUGUGUUUUUUAUUCACUUCUGAUUGGUUCAUUUAGGCUUGCCUGUGCCUUGUGAAUGGUUGCAUGAAUAGUGGCGAUUCAGCAUGGUUACGACAGACGUUUUGAAAUUAUCAAGUUGGGACAUUUUACAUUUUCAAAUUCCCAAGACGUUAGAGUCAAAAAGAAUACCCAUGCGCAAAGUGCAAAUGCGACGAAUUUUGUUCACAAACGAGAUUUGGUUCUGAAAUUUUGCUCGUCUUACGUAAAUAUGCAUUAGGGCCAUUUGUUCGAGGAAACAUUUUCGUGAUGUUGAGAGAGAGAUGAGAUAAAAAUUAUUUUUGCCGUCUUGGUAGGAAAGAUUUUACAUCAGCGGUCAGUUAAAUAAAGCUUUUACGAGGGUAAUUUACAAGUGUAGUCAUUGUUUUUGAGUAUGAAAAAAAUAGCCACACUUGUAAAUUACUUGUAGAAUUUUUCCUUGAACUGGCCGCGGACGACCUAUUAAAGGUAUCUACUACAUACAGGGAAGCAAUAGAAGCAGCACGAAUCGCAGCAAAAAUCGCCUGUGUAAACAGUCCUUAAGCGAAAGCCUGCCUAGUCCCGUUGAAAAUUUGAAGAGCUUACGGCAAUCGUGAUGGAGCUACUUAGAUGGUCGCGUUUACAACAUUGCAAUAGUUUACUCCGAUUUAAAUGACCCCGCUAUCAAGAAAGGGAACCCGUGAAAUAUCUCUAAAAGUAACAGACUCUAGAGUUGAUCCUGAAAUUAUGUCUGGUACGUUCUGCAGGUCUUGGAAUGGAGCGGGCGAAAUCAGCUCUCAAUAAGGGCUUCAAAGUAUCGGAUUGGAUGCUAACCUCUGGCAGUUUACAGUAUGUUACACUUAAUUUCCAUUUGAGGUCAUCCCUUUUUGACAAAUCUUUUGUGCAGCCAAACGCUGAAUUAAAACAGUAAUGUACUCAGGGGCACCCAACGAGAAUAUAGUUCAAAACCACACAAACAUAGCGUUGUUGACGUAUUUUAGUAUUUAAACGAUAGAUAUAGGCAUAUUUUUAUCCCCGAAAAAUUUUUCAUCUGUUCGCAUUUCCUAGCUGAAAGUCUAGUGAUCCGAAAAUUUAGGGAUCAAAACUUACCUUUUCGAAAAUUUCAGCCAGAAAAAAAGCCUCCCGAAAAUUCUAGGUGACCUUUUUAGGGUAAAAAUCCGUUAAAAAUGGGCAAUUAUACCAUUUUUAGAUGUUCGAAAAUCCUAGGAGAGGCAGGCAAGCAAGAAAUUUUACAACAAAAUAAUAUUCCGAAAAUUCUAGAUCUGAAAUCAACUUCCGAACAGGUAUUUUCCAAAAAUUGACGUUGGGUGCCCCUGAUCUACUGUCCUUUUGCCCCGUUGCUGCUAUUUAAAAGCGUUUGUAAAUUCUCCUCAUGCAGAGCUCUCUUGAGAGAGGCUUCGCUUGGUCUUACUUUAUUCACGAUUUCCACCAUCUUUGUUAAGGACCGAUAAGAUAAAAGACUGAUAAAAGCAAUUUCGCUUGGUUUCUCAGGGGGCAUAGAAGUCAAAAAAUCUGUCAAUACAUGAAAUCGCGGUCGAAUCAUUCAAAUUGUUUAUUCUGGAAAACAGAAAAUGUAGAACUUAUUAUCUUACAGCAAGCAAUAAUGAUGUAGAACUUGACAAAACUCGAACUCUACAUUUCGCAAGUCUUUAAUCGUCUUCUCGUUUUGAGAAAAUAAACAAAUUCGACCGCGAUUUCUCGUAUUGGCAAAUUUUAUCACUUGUUUGCCCCAGAAAUACCACCUGACAUUUCUUUUAACCCAGCGAUCCUAAAGCGCGGAUAAAGAUGGCGGGUUUCGUGAAUAAGGUCUAUACUCAUAUUAGCAUUUCACAAAUACUUUUCAGAGUUCCUUUGUUCGUGUAUUGUCAAUGUUGUGACAAAAUAGUUUUUUCAAGAGAGCGCCAGAACUUGCCGAUGUACCUGUAUUAAGAGGUAUUGAGUUUUGGUUCUGAUGUUUCUAACUGCUGUCAACCUUUUAGGCGGCUGUUUACAUAUGAUGGAACAAACAAUAAUGUUCCCACCCAAACCACGGAAUACAAACCAGGAAAUGAACCAACCGUUGGAGCUUUGAAGGGUGGAUCAAGUGACAGUAGCUCAAAGAAGACGUAUUUAGCAAUUGCAGUGCCUCUUGCUUUAUUAGGUAAGAUGUUCCUUUCAAAAGUAAGGUUUGGAUAGCGUCAAAUUGCCUCAGUUUGUUUUAAGAAAGAUAGCCUGCGUAAACAGACGUUUCUCCUUGCUCAUCGCUGCUGGGGGACUUUUCGCGAGGAGGGACGUCUGCGAUUUCAUACUGAUGAUGUAAAAUCUGUCUUGAAUCUGGUCAUAAGCGCUGAUUGGACGUCGGAAUAGUUAUAUUGUUCUAGCCAUUGUCUACGAAUGACAGACAUAAGGAAAAUGGCUGCAAAGGUCAAAUAUAAACGCAAUAAAUCUAUAACAAAGCAGUCAAAAUUUGUGGUAUAUAUACUUCUCUAGAAGAAUUAUUUGAAUUUUGCUGGAGCUCGCUCGGACAUGAAUACAACACUUUACCAAAAUCGACCUGGAGAAACGUAAAAUUGAACAUAUUUGCAUUUGGAGCCCCAUGACUACCGAAUUUAUUAUGUGAACAUCGAUUUACGUCAUCAGUAUGGAAUUUCUGUCGCUGAGUGGCAGACGUUCCUCCUCGCAAAACGCCCCAAGCGGCGAGGAACGAGGAGAAGGGGCUGUUUUCGCAGGCUAUAAGAAAGAGUGCUUAAGAAAAAGCUGCUGUCAGAUCGAACUUUUGAUUUCUGCUAAUUAAUAGGCCAUUUCCGAGUUCUCCCGGGCCUCUGCAUCAAAACGAGGUUAAGUGCUCAGCCUUUGAUAUGGAGAUGAUUUUUCAUUCUCAUGCAAAACGGCGAAUUAAUUAACGGAGCACAAAAAAUCGGCAAGGCGAGCGAGCCACGUCACUUUCCUUCCUUAAUCCACAUCUCGGCUCGUCUCUUUCUUCUCUUUCGCCCCAUUUUCGCCCUUUUUCCCCGAUAAGGAGCCUGGGGCUCGUAUCUGGAAUGUCCCAGUAAUUGCCGGGCCCGCCUGAGAGCAGUUUUAUUUUGCCGUGCCUACAUUCAAAAUCGAUGUUUUAUAGUUUUGAUAGUAAUACUAAGAGAACGGAAGAAAAAGACGGAAAACCUGGAUUCACAGAUUGCGUGUUAGGAAAACGGUUUACUAUUAUUCUCCGAUGAAAAAUCCAAAUGUACUACUUUAUUGGCUAGAAGAAAAACGCAAGAUCUAUCUUUGUGACUUUUGUGAUUUUUCUUUCAGGACUCGUCUUGCUUGGCGGCUUGAUAUUCUUCUACAUGAAGUACAAGUCCCUUCAGAAGCACUACCGUCAAAUGGGCGAUCAAUACCACGAGGAUGACGAAAUGAAAGUUGUUUAUCAUGGCGAGAUGGAAGCAGGUAAUACUACAGAAAAUUUAUAUAUUAGUGUCUGAGGCUACGUUACCCUGGGUUACAAAAAUUUUAAAUGCGCGGCUUCUCUUCUUCGCCGCUACUGGGUUCGGCCUUCGCGGGGUGAAGAUGUGCCUGCCUGCGGUCUGCACGGGAGUACCCAUUCGCAGGCGAGAAGAAAUCCUCUGGUACACAGGAUAGGGCUUGGUUUGCUCUCAGUAUUCCGAAUGGAUUUGAAGUGUGAACGGCCACGCCACAAUGAGGUGUGAAACGGCUUAUAAUUAUUCACAUGGCUUUGUUUCGGGAUUGGUUUUGUUCCCUCUCAUGUAACAUGCUUGCCUGCGCGACAAUCCCGAAUCCCAAGGGACUGUUAGAAGUCUACUGUAUGAUCCGAUUGCUUGUUACGUUAUAUCUUUCACGAACGCCACGCUGCCUAACGGGGGAAAAAGAACAAGAAAUCCUGUAGCCUACGUGUAGCCGCACCCUCCCUUGAAGAAAGAUAAACGCCCUUUUUUCCCUCUUCGGGGGGUGGGUGUGGCUACACAUAGGUUUGGAAUCCUGGCGACCAGCGUUUCACGUGUGAACAAAAGGCCUUUCCGGUAUCGUUUUCGAGUGGGAACGAAAGAAGUCUGUGUACAACCGCCUCUUCAUCUCAAAAAGAACAAAAAAAGACCAAAACGAGAUAAGCGGCGGAUGUACGCAGUCUAGAAGGAAAGUCAUUAAUCAAUAAUGUAAUGUAAGGUAAGGUAAGGUAACUUUAUUUAAACACGGUAUUUCCUUCAGGUACAUUACAUUCAAGGGGAGAAAAACUAACUUCCUAACUGAUAUAAAAUCUAAGAUAAAAACUAAAAUAAUAAAGAUGAAAAGAAAACACCUGAUUUUCAAGGAGGCCGUCUGUAAAAACAGAAUAUCGCUAAUUAAAUUAUUUGUCAAUCGGAAUUUAUGUCUCUUAAUUUUCCGUAAAGAUACUAGGGGAUGUCAAUUGCCGUACCUCCAGAGGCAAGCUGUUUCAUAACACACUUCCGCUGUAAGAAAGACUCCUUUUAUAAAAUUCAGCACGGGGUUGUGGAACAGCGAGCUAGUCUUCAUUCUCUCUAAGGUUAUAACUAGUUAAAUCGCAGCGACGAACAAAACGCGAAGUCAGAUAUUCUGGAGCUGUGUUAUUUACAAUGCUAUGCAUCAUUAUUGCUUUACUAACUGUGCGCUGAAGGAUAAGUUUCGACUACUUUAAAUUUUGAAAUAAUUCACUAGUACUGCAGUCAUAAUUAGAGAAAGUCAGAACGCGAGCGGCGCCAAGGUUCUUAGAACAGUUUCCCCAUACUACAUUACAGUAAUCAAAGUGUGGCUGUACCGGUGAAUUGUAUACGUUAAGUAGAACAUAGGUUAAAGAAACUCUACACUUCCACACGACUUAGGAAGGGUGUUAACAAAAUGACAGUGAUACUAUUACUUCGAAGUUUAUUUAUGAUGGUGAUGAUGACCUUUCCGUGUCGUAUGUUGUUUUUCUAUAGAUUCCCCCGACGUCAUUUUUAGCGACCGCUCAAGGAAAGGAAAGAAAAUUUACAAAGAUUCCGAGAAAAUUCCUCUUGGUGAUCAAGACGAACUGUCCAUGAUCUAAGGUUUCAAGCGCUGUCCUUCCUCGUUGGUAAUUUUAGUAGAAAGUUCAGUACUUUUGAGGUUUAAGGACCAAUUUCUAUGUAUCUUUUUUAUUUCCAUUGUACCAAGGAUGACAUGUAACCUGCCCGAUCGACCAUCCCUUAGAAGCCGAAAAGUGGCGGUCGAAGACCACUUUGUUUGUUUGUUUUUGUUUGAUUUUUUGUCUCCUCUUCCUUUCUCUCUCUUUUUUAACGUAACGGAUACCGUUGGGUGCAUGGCUAGGAUUGAAAUGACCAAGUCUAGGGCUUAAGUCAGUCAAAAAGUGUUAUUAAAAUGAAAGCUACUCAUAGGGCCGUAUUCUGCAGUGGGAUGCUUUAAGAAAAAUUGCCCUCUAUGUAAUUGGCAAAACAUGAACAGUCAAUCCUUUCUCUUCUCUACACGUCGAGUUGGUGUCGAGGCCGUAACUAAGUGGUAAGCCUCAAAUUGUUGGGCUAUUCUUUCCUAACAUUUAUGCUGUCACCAUCUAGUAAUUAGUGGUCAAAACCCCCGUUCUGAGGAAAAUUAUACCAGGCCGUGAUAAAGACAAAUUUUAAUUACUUUAUCUUUAUUUUUAUUGUGCCAUUUUGAGUCCCGGGGAUGCUCUUUUUGUGGCUCUGUAGAACUGGAUAAGUAAGGUUUGAAACAUGAGGUUAGGUAGUGGGAGAGACAAGCCAACUCAUAACCCUUGAGUUGUGGGGUAAUGCACGAGGUAAAACAAACGUGAAAUAUUUCUAUUCCUUUCUUUGUUAGUUUCAUUUAGUCGGAUAAUGCUUUUGCUAAGAAGCUGUGUUAGAUAGAGGCGUCUUUGAGUGUGUUCGAUCGAUCGUAUUCCGCCGGUAUAAGAAUGAUUAUAAUUGUUUUAGACAUAAAUUGACCUACAAAAUAACAUGCGCAACCUUAAUUGAAGGCAUUAAGGUUAUCGGUAGCUAUAAAAAUAAUGUCUUUGAAAGUGAUAUCUGCUAAAGCGGUGAUUACAUAGAGAGUUUUUCCAGAGGGUAAAGCCUUCUAUACGUGCGGAGAAAUGUAUCGUACUUGUGACUGCUUCUUCCCGUGAUAAAUUUCAAUGUCAGAACAUUUCUAGAAACGUCAGACGGUUUAAAGGAAGCGUACACAGGCUUCAUUGGAGGCCCUCUGACAAAAGAGUUGGGUCGCGUGACACACGAGAGGAGGGGAAAAAGAAACUGAAAUGGCGGAAUUUUUUUUCUUUUUUCCUUCCUCACGCGCUUCGCGUCCGCGCCUCAUGCAGGCUGCAUCGUGCUGACUGGUUUCUGAUUGAGUGCCACGUUAAAUUUAGGCAAACAAAAAUA